AUGGCCGAUCCAACCCACACCGCCUUCUUCUACGGCACCCUCAUGGCCCCCGCCGUCCUCCACCGUGUCUGCGACGGCACAGCCUCCCACAACGACCCCACACGCCGCACAACCCCUUUCACCACGGCGCCAGCCAUCCUGCACGACUACCGCCGCCACCGCGUCGAAGGCGCCGACUACCCUGCCAUUCUUCCCACGUCCGGAGCCAGCGUUCGCGGGACCUAUGUGACCGGGCUGACGGAGGCGGAUAUGUGGCGGUUGGACAUUUUCGAGGGUAGCGACUACGAGCGGAAGUUCGUGAAGUGCAAGUUGUUGACGGAGGUGGGGGAUGAAGAGGGGAAGGGAAAUGUGAAGGGCGAGGAGGUGGAGGCGGAGACGUAUGUGUGGGUGAGUGAGAGGGAGGAUUUGGAGGAUCGGGAAUGGGAUUUUAGGGAGUUUCAGAGGGAGAAGUUGAGGUUUUGGGCGGGGACGGAUGAUGAGUAUGAGGAAGUCGACGAAGCAGUAGCAGCAGCAGGCAAAGACGGUACAGGGGGCCGUGGAGCCAACGGCGCCAUCACGGAAGCGUUGAAGGAGGAGCAGAAAAAGGACGAGAAGCUGAGGAAUGCUGUAUGA